AUGCUUUUCGUUGGGCUCAAGGGCUCGGAUCAGAGCCACCUCGCCGCUUCGGGCGGCGGUUGUCGAAGAAACUCUGCGGGACCGCGUUUUCCGCGGCGCGCGGGUCGCACCCGUGGCGUUGCUUUGCAGCCGGCCAUGGAGGAGCCAAAGGUCUCGGAGUUCAAGAGCAUCGGCGGUCAAAGGACCCUGGUGGCGAAGAAGCGCCUGGGACAGGUGGUGAAGAAGGGAAGGGAAGAAGGCUCCUUGCCCUCGCUCACGGGCUGGGGAGCCAAACAAGAUCAUGAGAGAGAGAUGUGA